AUGGAGAUGACUGGCAGCGUCAUGCGCUUCGCCUUGGCCACGUACUUCAUGAAGCGCACCGGCAGCUCUCAUGAAUCACCGGCUCACAUCGCAUCGGCAUGGAGUUAUGCGCCCAGUAUUGCCGGCAGUGAUGCCAGUGGCGAAGAGGAAGAGUGCGAAGACGUCGACUCGGACUUCUCCAGCGUUGUGUCGACCCACGUAUCGAAUUUAAAGCAGUUGCUGGAUGAGAACCGCUUCCAGGAGUGGUCGGGAGGCGUAGCUGAGCUGCGAGAGUAUGCUGCAGACAAUGAUCUGCUGGAGUCUCUGGUGGUGGUGCUGGUGAAGAUGAUAAGGAGUCAAGAAGAGGACGCGGAGUGCAUCACCCAAGGUAAAGAGAAGUGCAAACGAUAA